AUGCAGAGCGUGGCGUUUCUGCGGGCGAAGAAGGACUUGCAGGAGUACGAGGAGAUACCCUCUGUGACGAUCACGUACGAGCGGAGCAACCCGAUGAAGGUGCAGCUGAGCAUUGUGCCCGACAGUGGAUACUAUGUCGGCGGACGGUUUGACUUCGAAUGCACGAUUCCGGGGGAGUUCCCCAACGCGGCGCCCGAGUUCCGGUGUGUGCAGAAGAUCUACCACCCGAACAUCGACAUGGAGGGCCAUGUGUGUUUGAACAUCUUGCGGAAUGACUGGAAGCCGACGCUCACGCUGCAGCUUGUGUUUGCCGGGAUCUUGCACCUUUUUCUCCAGCCGAACCCGAACGACCCGUUGAACAAGGUGGCGGCAAACGACUUGGCCAAGUACCCGGACCAGUUUGCGAGACACGUGCAGGACGCCAUGUGUGGUGGGUACAUUGGGAGCAACAAGUUCGACCGGGUUGUGGCUGUCAAGGAGCGAAGCUACGGCACAGGCUCGAGGUACAACCGGGCGUACAACAACUUCUACUAG